AACAUGGGCAAGAUCAUCUUCUACGAGGACCGGGACUUCCAGGGUCGGCACUACGAGUGCAGCACUGACUGUGCCGACCUCAACUCCUACUUCAGCCGCUGUAACUCCAUCCGUGUGGAUGAUGGCUGCUGGGUGGUGUAUGAGAGACCAAACUACAUGGGAUACCAGUACGUGCUGAGCAGGGGCGAGUAUCCUGACUACCAGCGCUGGAUGGGAUUCAAUGACAACAUCAGGUCCUGCCGCACCUACCCAUGUUCCAGUAGUGGUCCCUACAAGAUAAAGAUAUACGAGAAGCCUGACUUUGGAGGGCAGAUGAUGGAAUCCAUGGAUGACUGUCCCUCCGUCUACGAUCGAUUCCGUUACCAUGACAUCCACUCCUGCCAGGUGAUGGAUGGUUACUGGACCUUCUAUGAACAACCCAACUACAGAGGCCGACAGUACUUCCUGAGACCCGGUGAAUACAGGAAGUUUAGUGACUGGGGAGCAACCUGCUCAAGUAUUGGAUCUUUCCGCCGUGUAAUGGAUUUCUAA